AUGAAUUCUAUAGCUAAGGUGACUUCCGAAGAAGGGAAUAUAGAAGAGCAUUUCGAUCCUAUAAUUGACAUUAUUGAUUACCUUGUACGAUGUGCAGAAAUAUCAUUUAAGAACUCACCAUCUCAGGAAGGUAACAGAAGUGCGGAUAAAACAAAAUAUGCUUAUGAUUUAUUUUAUAAAUCACCAAUUGAUUUUCUUCUUCAGUUUGGGAAAUACCUAUGUCCAAGUCAUUUAAAACACUUUGAAACAUUACAUCUUUAUAAAAAUGAUAAAGAAUUCGAAAAAUGUGUUACGGAAUUAAAAUUGUACCAUUCAGAAGAAAAUAAACACAAAAGAAUUAGAAACAGAAGAUACAAAGCAAUACAGGAUCUACAAAACAACUCUGAUUAUUUUAGUGAAAAACAAAUGAUGUAUAGAAAUCCAUUACUAUAUGAGGAGUUAAUUGGUCAGUACUUGACAGAUGAAGAAAUAAAAAUAAGAGAUUCAGCAGAUAGUGAGAACUUAACUCUUCUUACUCUGAUUUUGGACACUGUAGAUCGCAAUCAACUCAGAGAAAAUAGAAACUUGCAAAUGCAGAUGGAAGAUGCUGCAACUAGUUUUGAUAUUACCCAAGAUGAGAAAGCCAAAAAUAAUGAAAAAAAUACCAAGAAAAAGCAGUGGGGUGACUUUGAUGUUCCAGACACUGAAGAUAUACAGAAACCUGAGCCAAGGAAACAGAUGAUGAUUAAUGCAAAUGAAAGAAAUUUACUCAGGGAGGAAUUUCUCCAAGAAAUGUAUAGCAGCUUCAUGGAAGGCAGGGACAUUGAAUUUGACUAUAAUAGUGUAGACCACAAUGAAGAAUAUGAUGAUCUGGCGAAAUUAUCUCAAGACGCAGAAGACAAAUACUUUGAUUCUGAGGGAAAUGACAGUCAGACACUGGAAGAACACAUGGCCUUGGUGAAUGAGUAUGGUUCAAAAACACGUGGGGAUGAUAAUGUUGAUCCAUUAGAUGUUUUUAUGGAAAGGAUUUCAAAUAAACUGUCCAAGAACAGUUAA